AUGAAAAACUACAACGCUAACAGCUCUAGGAGCAAAAUGAAGGGGGAAAAGGGCGCUGCCCAGGGGGCAGGUCAUGGCGGUGGAUAUAAUGUGGGGUACGCCGGCGGGUAUAGUGGAAGUCACAACUACAACAGCGGCUACUACCCCAACAACAGUUCGUCUUACCACAAAAAAAAAAACAGCGCCAAGUAUGGAAAAGGUGCGUACGAUAAUGAGUACACAAAGGAAAGAGAUAAAAAGAAGAAGAAUUUCGAUGGGAGGCCUCACAAAAACGAGCAAUCGAAUGGUGGACACGGAAACAGGGGUAACACGAAUAGUGGCACCUCCAGUAGGGGUGGCCCGAAUAGAGGCGUCGACAAUAGCCCCCACGUAGGAGGCGCCCAGACGCAUGAAGAUCUUGCGGCGUUUAGUCUGAACAAAAAUGAUAGCAUCUACGAAGACGUAGACAGAAUAAACAGCAUCACGUUCGGCCACAACGACAAUCCCGAAGGGGACUUCUCCUACACUAUGAAUAACAACCUAAUUGAAAAUGAAAAAAAAUUAUUUAAGCUAAAUAAAUUGGAAAAUAAAAAUGUGGACUGCUCCGAGUUUUUGCGUCUACAUGAGAGGGACAUCCUUGAUGGCAACUCCGCACAUUUUAUCAAAAGGGAGGAUGAGAGGGAUCCCUUCUUUGCCUACAAGGAGGGGCAACCACAGGUGGGUGUCUACGGGAUUAACGAAAAGGACGUGACAUCGAAUGAGGCAAACCACAGUGGCAAACAAAGGAACAACGAAAAUGAUGACCUCUUCCAGUUUGACAACAAAAUGUGUAACCUAACCAAAUUUAUUAAUAAAAAUAUUUUCUACGGAAAUGAAAAUGACGAGAUAAAAGGAGACGUAAUGGACGACUACGAAUCCGUGGAGAGUGCAGACCCAUUCAGUUUUAUCGACACCCCCGAGGGGAAUAAACAGUCAAUACAAAAUAACGCCUUAAGCAAAGAACGAAUUAAAAGCCCCUCCAACGGUAAGGAACACAUGGAGAGGAAAAUUUACCAAAAAGAAGAACACCUAAAUGGGGACCAAUCAAACAGCCAAUUCGAGAGGAACGCAAAUAUCGAUCCGUACAGACUUAGCGAAAAUGAUUUCACCAAAAUGUAUCUGAUGAACAAUUUUGAACAGAUCCAUGAAAACAGCACUUUUGUUGAAAAUUUGGAGGCAGAUUAUUUACACCUUUUGGGGAGAAAAAAUGUGAAAAAGGCAAACAGUAGUAAUAACGUCGUUGGGGGUCUCCAAAUGGGAGGUGCUGCAGAGCAAGCAAUACGAAUGGAGGGUCUCCCAUGGGGACAAGACAAAUCCCAAGAGGCAACAAUGUUAAAGCACCGCUUGAUGAACAAUGCAGAAAGGGACUUCCCCAUCAGGGACAUGAACGAACUGAUGUUGGAUAGCAGAAAUAAUGAACUGGACGAAAAUCUGCAGUUUUUGAAUAGCCUCAAAAGUGUGUAUGGCCACUUGGGUGAGGAAGAAGGCGGGGCCAGGAUGCCCAGCAUGACUGGUAUGCGAGAUUUGAAGGGAGGACACCCCCCCGUUAUGGAUGCCACGUACACUAAUGAUGUGCACCAGAAGGAGGAAGCGCACCACCAACUGCGUCAGAUGCAGCAGAUGCAGCAGUUGAGGUUAGCAGCGGAGGAAGGCUAUCUGGACCCCUCGGGAAAAAUACCAGCCGACCUGGCCAAACUUGCCAAUCUAACAAAUCUGUACCCCUUCAAGGAGGACGAAAUAAACGAUGAGUUCCUGCUAAGCAUGAACGGAAAACAAUCCUUGUAUCCUUCGAAGGAGGAUGAGUAUUACAUGAAAAGUGAUAAAAUGAACCACCAUUUUGUGAAUGACCUGAGGCAUUACAAGGAAGGUCAUAAGAACGAAUCGUUCAUUUUUCCUGAACAGGAAGAUCAGUCAAGUGAAUUUCUCUUCCAGGUGGAUCCCACCAAGGACAUCCAUUUGGGGGGUAUGCACAUAGGAGAGCGAUUAAUUAACGGGGAAGUUAUCCCCCCUGCGGAGGACUACCCAUUGAGGAAUAACCUCGAAGAAGAAAAUUAUUACGCCAAUUUAAAUGAAAAAAUAAAAAACGUAAAGGAAGAGGAGGAUUUAUUGCUGCUUAAUGAAGAGGGGGAUUUAAAACAGGACAUAACCAAUGACCUGAACGCGCUGAAGAUUUUGAAUAACUACUACUUGGAUGAAAAGGCUGAUGAUUUUCUCUUAAUGGGAAAGAAUAAAAAUUCGCUCCUCGGUGGGGAGUUGAACUUGUCAGGGGGUACGGACUACCAGGGUGAGCGGUACCCAGGAGAGGGGAGAUCACCAAAUGGACGAUCGCUACUGGGGGGACCACCCAAUGAGCGCCUCCCUCGAGACCGCCAGCAGGUCAACAAAUCAGCAGGACACAAGGUGAAAGGCGGGCCCAACUAUGCGAAGGAUAACCACCGCAACCGCCACGGCAAUCACGGCAACCACUUCGAUAAGGGGAACAACCUAACGAACAAGAACUACCCGAAUGCCCAUGGAGGCAUGUUACGGGAUAGACCCCACCGAAGCACGUCGUCCGGUGGGUACAUAGACAAAUACGAUCAGAAGAACUAUUUUUACAAAAACGACAGAAUGAAAAAUAAUAAUAACAGUAAGGCGUACCAAAUGAGUUACUCCUUAACCUAUGAAGGUGGAGGUGGUAAGGGACGUGGUCCUCCCCUGAGAAAUGUGAUGAGCAGCGAAAUCUACCGUCGUACAAGUGGGACGAACGGGACGAACGGAUCGAUAUGCGAAAACUACAUACUCCGUUUGAAAAAACAACACAUGCUCAAAUUAACCAACUUCCUACGGAUGAGUUACAAAAAAGCCAACCUCAAUGAUAUGAAUGACGAUCUGUAUCAAUACUACAGAUUUUUGAACAAAAUAAAUGGAAACAUUAAACAGAGUAAUUACUUUUUCAGGUAUAGAAAUCUCAUGAAGAAAAGUGACAAAGAUAAAUUGCUGAGGAUACAACUGUCUUAUAUGAUUAUAAACCCGUCCAUACAGAGGAAUAGUGGCAAGUGGAACUUUAAAAGUGAGGCCAGAAAUGUUGACCCGGCACAACCCACCCAAAAAAAUGGUUAUGAAAUUCAUAAUGACGCAGCAGAUCAAGGUGACCACACCGAUGAUGACAGUGUGGACAGCGGUGAUAGCGAAAUUAUAAACCUCUCUGGUGGAGCAGACAGGAUAAAAACGAACUGUUUGCCAAACGGUGACAAUUUUACCAUGCUUUAUGCCAAUGGGGAGGAAGAAAAACUGUACAACCUACUGCAUGAGGAUAACUUUGAUCUGCACAGCGAAAAUAUACUCAACAUUGACCUGAACAAAAUAUUAAACUUAACCUCCAGCAGUGCAACAGAACUGAAGGGUGAAGAAUCGAAGGUAGAGAAGGAAAGGAAUAAAGAGGGGAAAAUUUCCCGUGAGAAUGAUAACGCAGGUGGUGAGAAUGCCCACGCGGAUCAUCCAAACGGGGGAGGUAAAGGACCAACCGAAGGUGAAGUCUCUAAAGAGGACAAAGGAGAAACUACCAACCAAACUGACAACAAAGCUGGAGGUCAAGUCGACACGCCUAAGUAUGAUAACGCAAACAAACUGGGCAGAUUCGUUUUCGCCACGGUGCAUGAACCAAGAAACUUAAUAACUCUAGCGAAGAAUGAUCCCCUAUUUGAUAGCUACGAUGGGGUGGUGGAAAAAUUUAAAAAUAUCAUAGUUAGUGAGGUAGCCAUGGAGGGACCUAACGGGGAAAGUAAAGAGGAUACACCUAUGAACAUUAAGAAGAUCACCCCGAAGGGUGUAAAAAAGGAUGACAAAAAAAGGGAAGAGAAAAAACCUGCUCAAGAUGAAACAGCAUCAGCGAUGGCUAAGCUUCCCAUGCGAGACGUCGUCACGAAAAAAAUGCUGGAGAUGCUGUGGGACCUCUAUAUAGACAUAAAGAACAUUUACAAAGACAUAGACAAGUGCCCCUACACACAUAUAGAAACUAUAUCCAAAUAUAAUGAAGAGAUUAAAAAGAAAAAAAACACUCUCUUCAAUUUUAUACUUUUGAAGAAAACCAGCGACGAGGAAACCGUCUCUACUUCCCUCAUGAGUAGUCAUAACAACAUGUUCCUGAUGAAAAACAUAAGCAACGUGGACGUUACUGUUAACAAGCACCUUUACCUGUACCUAACGGACUGCCUCUACAGCAGCAUCAAUAGGAACUUUGAAUUCCUCAUUUACCCGACUGUCGCAGAUUUGAUUAUAAACCUUUCCUUUGACAAGGACCACGUUGCGAAAUACGUCAAGCGAGAGUUGGCACGACGCGGUGGUAAGCAGUUAGGGGAUGUGGAGUUUCCCCCCAAGGGUAACGACACUACGUCAGAUAGCAACAAUGGCAACAUUGGUAACAUCUUUUCGCACCAGUUCCCCUACAAGGAUAACCUCGCGGAACUGGGAAGCUCCACCCAGUUUGGCAAAGUCGUCCCCUUCAACAGAACGUACUGCUACUACAACUUCGGAGGCUACAACGAGUGGGACAUUCUUCCCCCGUGGGACAGUGCCGCAAUGAGUCAUGCAGACGGUACAGGAAACGGCGCCUCCGUAGAGGCCCCCAAAGAAAAGAAGAAAAAAUCCUUCUUCUUCUUCAAGGAGAAGCAGAGUAAAAAAGGUGCAAAUGAUCAAACGAGUGAAGAAAAAGAGAAUGAAGCCCUUCCCACAUCCGCAAACAGCAUGAGAAUACACAACGAGGUAACCAAACUGGACGUGGACACAAACCAGCUGAAUGAGGAGCUCCAAAAAUUGAAGAGUAUAAACUGCUUAUUCGUUAAUAGCAUAUUAAAAAAAAAAGGAGCAUGCGUAUACAAGAAAAUAUUAAAAAUUGUAAAAAGGAAAAAGAGAAUGACCCUCAUUUAUUCCCUCUUCAGUAACUACCUUCUUCUCCUCUUCCUCUUCUCCCAUGCGGAUUACUGUUUCGAAAAUAUGCUCCAAUAUGAGGAGUUCCUAAAGUUGCAGCUGCUCCACAUGAACGCAAAUAUAAACACACUAAAUAAGUUUAUUAAAAAUGAGAAAAUGCAGAACAUAUUUUUCAUGAACGAACACGAAGAUCACUUGCGAAAUAGCGGGAUCCACGAGUUUAUUAACAUUAGGUGUAAACUCUACAGUAGUAAUGUUUAUUCAUCACUGUAUAUCUACCUCUUGGAUGUGUCUCUUUCCUAUUUGUUUACCCCGGGCAUUGGCAUUUCCUACGUGCAGAGCAUCUUGGCUCUCCUCCUCUUUUACAACUACGUGCAUUUGUACAUAACGAAGCUUCUCUUUUACAAGAGUGGAACCGCCCUUUUAACCAUUUUCCUUGUCAAAAUUAUCCCCUACGUGAAGGAUUUUGAUAGAAACCUCAUAAUAUGCUUCCUCUACUCUGUGCUGCACAGUGUGUUCUACAUCCUGUGCAACAUCUUCACGCACCGCCUGGAGGAGGAAAGGAAGACAUAUAAGGGACCCGAAUCGGAGUUGCACUUGAAAAUAUUAACGAGCAUGUCCAACGAAAUUAGCUUUUACAAAAUUGUCUACAAGAGUGUGUGCAGUUAUUCCCACCAGGAUAGUUUCUUCGAGGAGGAGAUCAUCGGCAUGCUAGAAGAUUUAGGAAAGGAUCCUAUUGUAGAGAUCAUAAUGAACUACAUUCAGAAAUGA